CCAGUACAAACAGAAUAAAUAUAUCAUAUAGAAGAAAGAAACAUACAUAAUGGCAACCAAGAAAUUUUCAUCUCUUAUAUUACCUUUAUUGAUGGUUCUUACUCUUGUCCUAUUGCCCAUCAUAUCAGGAAAACGUAGGCCAUGUCAGGAUUGGCGAUAUGGAUGCAGCAGCAGAGUUGCAUGUAAUGCAAAAUGCUUAUCGCUGGGCUACAAAGGAGGAGAUUGUGUAAUGUUUGCAUUUCCUGUGUGUUGUUGCAAAAUCAAUCAACAAUUGCAAGAUGAUACGCCUACUUCUAGUCCUAACAUGGCAGAUUGAUAUUUAAUUAACUAUACUUAAAUAAAUGAAUAAAACUAUAU